CACUUAAGGAUCAAGUUCUAACAUCCUGGCUGGUGAAUUAUUAAACCCCCACUAGCAGUGUUUUUCUUUUCAAAGUAAGUGUGCCGUCUCUUCUGUGGUGUUAGAGAGGAGGCUUAGGGGGUGUGGAACUGGAUUCAUACAUGUUCCUGAGGACUGCAGACCUUCUCAGCAUUUCCGAUCCUUGGGAGGAACUCUUGGGUGGUUGUUAAACACUCAAGGGGAUGGAGCAGUCCUACAGAUCUACCAUCUCUAUCUACAAGAGCAUCCUGGAACAGUUUAACCCGGCUCUGGAGAAUCUGGUGUACCUGGGUAACAAGUAUGUGCAAGCUUUCCAUGCGUUAUCCGAGGCUGCUGAUGUCUACUUUACAGCAAUCCAAAAGAUCGGGGAGCAAGCCCUACAGAGCUCUACUUCACAAAUAUUGGGUGAAAUCUUGAUACAGAUGUCUGACACCCAAAUUAACUUGAACCGCAAGCUGGAAGCAGUCGCGCAGACCUUCCAUGCAGACUUGCUGCAGCACAUGGAGAAGAACACUAAGCUGGAUGUGCAGUUCAUCAACGAUAGCCGUCAGCGAUAUGAGAAGGAACACAGACGCAGAACUGCCAACAUAGAUAAAUGCAUUUCGGAUCUGUGGAGAAUGGAGAGGACUCGAGACAAGAAUGUCUGGGAGAUGAAGGAGAACAUGUUGCGCUUGCACACCGAGAUGCAAGAAUUUGUCACCGAGAGCCAGAAGGCUGCUGAGCUGGAGGAGAAACGCCGCUACCGCUUCCUAGCUGAGAAGCACCAGCUACUCUCCAAUAACUUCCUGCAGUUCUACACCAGGGCCUGUGCCAUCAUUCAGAGCAAGGCGCCGCUGUGGAAGGAACAGCUGGAAGCCACCCGAAAUCCUGCCCCAGCCUCGCUCAGCGGCACAACGCUCAGCCCAGGUCAUGCAUCUGGCUCUCUAGCUCCUGCUCCUUCCCAUCUCGAGAUGCCCCAGAGGCCUCUGGGUGAUUUCAGUUCGGUGAUAACAGGGCGAAGCGCCAGUUCCUUCCCACAGGAGACGGCAGAAAUGUUGCCUGCCUCUCAGCCAGAAACAAGGAGGAGAACCCUGCAAAGAACUCCCUCUAUCGGCUCUGUUUCCACCGGCCAGCGUUCUCGUUCCAGCUCCUUUGGGGAGCAGGCAGCAGGAAGAGCAGAAGCUGGGGGCAAAGAGGGGAGCAGCAACAGUGUGCUGAGAGUCCAAGCCAUAGCACCCCACUCCGCUGGUUCCAACCGGACCCUUUUGCAGUUCAGCGUUGGAGAUAUAGUCACCGUGCUGAUACCAGAAGCACAAAAUGGCUGGCUGUAUGGCAAGCUGGAAGGUACAUCCACAAGUGGCUGGUUUCCUGAAGCUUUUGUGAAGCCUUUGCAGGAGGCGAGAGACCCCGAGGAGACCACCCCCAGAAUGUUUCCUCUGCGGAGUAGUCGCAGCGUAGAUGAGCUCCUGGAUCGUCCCAGCACCCCAUCAGCCAGCAAUUACUGGCACAGCCCCAGCAGACCUCAGUCUCCAGGUCCUUCUCCUGCUCUGCUGGGGGCAGGCAGCCGCCGGAGCAGCUCGGCCAGCACCGCAGCCAGCUCAGACUCAAAGAAGCCAGCAGGGAGGGAAAAUCACCCAGAACUGUUUCCCAGAGGUACCAAUCCUUUCGCUACAGUCAAAUUGCGCCCAACGGUGACCAACGACCGAUCAGCACCUGCCAUCCGGUGAAAGCCAGCUAUGGUUUUGGGAGGGUGGGUGGCUUGUACAGAAAGUUGUCCUGGACAACCCUUCUCAUUCCUGAGCUCAGGCUGUCAUUAUCUUGGGGAAGCUAUUUCUCCCAAAGGGGCUAGCCUGAGUGGAGGGCACUUCUUCACCCUUCUUUUCCAUGUCUGCUCAUGUUGUAGUGGUCAAUAGGUCCCAAAGUCAUUUUGUUUUGUUCUUUUAAGGCUCUCUCCCCCCCCAAUCUAUGCAAAAGGUGCGUUUCUUUCCCAUUUGUAGCGUGCAUUUUGCCAGGUUGUGCUCUGUGCUACAAUUUCCCUGCAAACUUUGUGCAAACGAGUGAGGAUGACCAUGAACAGGCUGUCCGGAAGUGACUUUGGACUGGGCAGAGAAACAACUGCUUCAGGCUGAAGAGCGAGAGACAUUACAGCAGAGAGCAGUCAUCUGAUGUAGGACAUAAGUAGGGCACUCUAGGAAGGGCCCUCAGAACAAGUCUGUGGGAAAGCCUUCAGAAAUCUUCUGUUGGUUGAUUUCAUGCCCGGACAGCUCAAGAGAUACUGGUCAGCAUGAUAUAAUCCAAGCCAGUCGUGACUGCCAUACAAAACAUAUUUUCUAAAACCAUUGAGGGGGACCGUUAAUGUUCAAUGGUCAGCCAGUAAACCUAGAUGGAAGUCGGUCUUGAGAGACUGCCAUGUAAACUUCCUUGCUCAGGUAACUUGCAGAAUUGUCUGCUUAACUGGUAGAUUUUAAAGGCAUCCUUGUUUGAAGAUGCCUGGAUUUCUUCUCCACACCCAUUCAUCACAGACCACCGUGCUACCAGCUUUGAUAAGCACAACUGGGAAGAGUUCUAAAAUUGCUGAGGAGAUCUAGCGGCACUGCAUUAUUUCACACACACCCAAUAGGUUUCUGUAAGUAGCACUAACAGAAAUGCUUUUUUGGGGGGGGGGGAAUGUUUUUUUUUUGAGAAAGAAAAAAAGAAAGAAUAAAGUAAAAAACCAAUAAACAUCUCCUUUGGGUUGUGAAGUGCCUUUUGAUAGGGGAGGGGAGACACACUUCACGGAAAGCAAAAGGUAAGAGCAAGUUGCGGUUGUUGGAGACCUUUCCCUUUUCACCUUCACUACUUCUCUUUGCAAAGUGGUAUUAAAAGGUAAAGGGACCCCUGACCAUUAGGUCCAGUCGUGACCGACUCUGGGUUUGCGGCGCUCAUCUCGCUUUACUGGCCAAGGGAGCCAGCGUACAGCUUCCAGGUCAUGUGGCCAGCAUGACUAAGCCGCUUCUGGCGAACCAGAGCAGCGCACAGAAACGCCGUUUACCUUCCCGCUGGAGCGGUACCUAUUUAUCUACUUGCAUUUUGACGUGCUUUCAAACUGUUAGGUUGGCAGGAGCUGGGACCGAGCAAUGGGAGCUCACCCCGUCGCAGGGAUUCGAACCGCCGACCUUCUGAUCGGCAAGCCCUAGGCUCUGUGGUUUAACCCACAGCGCCACCUGCGUCCCAAAAGUGGUAGGCAAAUGUAUCAGUGUUUACAGAACUAGGAGGUUAGGAGGAAAUGCAGGAUUGCCCUCUUCCUCCCAUGCAAGUGGAUUUGCCAGUCCUUGAUUUCCCUUGCCUCUUGUCUCUUAAAUAAGAUGCAAUGGGAUGGUGAUUUUGAAGAGGGUGAAAUGUGCAACCAGAUUUCCAGCGUGCCCAACUGCUUCCUCCCUCUCACACUUCACUAUGACCCGCCCCUGCCAAUCCACAGUACAGUACAGUCACAUCUUGCAUGAAAUUAACUUGCACAAUUUCAAACUUGCGUGGUUGAAAUUGCUCAAAUUAAGAGUCAGAGUUCAAGAAAGCUUGGGAAAAACAUGUACGUAAGUUUUACCCCCUCCCCCCCAAUACAUUUUUAUUAUUUUAUUAUUUUUGUUUCUUUAACAUCAUACAGCAAUCAACAACUAUACAGCAAAUAGCUCUGCCAAGCUUAGACUUCCCUCCCUCCCCUCAACAGGUAAUUUAUUUAAUUCCACUCGCUCAAUUUCCUACUUCAGCUAAAGUUCCGUGUUGUAGGAUUUAUUUCUGAGAAAAAGGGCAAUUUGAAGGUUGUUAACUGCUGCCACUGACUCACAAAUUACCUGAGGGAGGCCACUGAGAGGGUGGGUGUCCUUUUACCAAGGAGGCCUGCUUUUGCAUUGUCACCAAGAGACAAUCUGCUAGGCGUGGAAGCAUCAUCAGGGUAUUCUCAGAAGAUCUAAAAGAUCAACUUGUUUUACGUUACUGAGGGAGGUCAUCCACUAGGUAACUGGGCCCCAAGUUCUUUAGUGCUUUAAUUGCCAGGAACAGAACCUUGAACAUGGCUCUGUAGUUUACAGGCAGAUACUUGAAUAUGUGUUAAGCCGGGUGUCCCACUAAACACCUGGGCAGCUGCAUUUUGUGCAAAAUGCGGCUUCCAAACAAGGUGCAAGGUCAACCCUGCAUACAACGCCUUAUAGUCUUUGCAUGAAGAAUGGACUCCACUCCACAAAAGCUUAAGCCAUAAUAAUCUUGUUAGGUAGUGCUCCAAGACCCUGGUUUUUUUUUGUUUUGUUUUUUGCAACAGGCUAAUGUGACAUGUGGAAGCAUGACCCAAUGGGUACAGCAGGGGCUUUCCAGUGGUAAUUUCUGUGAUUGCAGUGACAUAUUCUUUAGCCACUGGGCUUUGGGGAAUAACCAUCCCCAUUCUGGGUCAUGGAUGGAGAAGAAAUUUGAUUCGGUUUUCAUUCAAAGGCAAACCUUCCUAACCCACAUUUUCCAAAACAAUACGCAAACCAAAACUCAAGCAUUCUUUGGAAGUCAUGUUCCCCCAAGUCCUAAAGUUCAUGUCGCCAGCCAAGUAACAUGUGUAUAAAGUUGCAUAUGUUACUGAAGAAAACAUACAGCAAUGCAUUAUGUUAGGGGAAAUUGCAUACAGAAAUGUGUAUAGGAGGAGAAAUCCACACUGAAAUGCCGGUGAAUUUUCAUGUGGACUUUUUAAAGAAUAGAAUAAAAUCGCAAACAGAUGUGGAGAACUGAACUUUAGAUGAAAAACUGAGAGAAAGUGAAAUUGGUUGAUUGGCCCAUCCCCUAGGCACAUGUCUCUCCAUGUAAAAUGCAGUUUUCAAAACAUUCAGGGCAUGUAGCAGAGAGAAGAUUCUCAGUGUUUCAACCAUUCUGACAGAUAAAUUAAGACACCAAGAAAUCCACCGAGGCUACUGCCAGACUGUUGGUAUUUUGCGGGUGAGAUUCAAUCACAUAUUGACAAAUUCAGGUUACUGAAUUAAUGUGGAUUUGUUGAUCCUGCGCAGCGCAUCAAACCCACUUCUAAAAAUCCCCAGACUUUUUGCAGUAAGGAAAGUGAUGAGGAAAUUAUUGGAAAAAGUGGAACCACAAUCUCUUUAUGCAAAGUCAUGUAACCUCCCCACAAACAAAUCAGAAUGGAUGCUCAAUAAACAGUAGACGCCUUCUAACCUCCCCAAAGACUGUAUGGAUAAAUCAGGAUGAAUGAGCAUAAACAAAAAAUCUCUGGAAGUGACCCUGGAGCCUUUGAGCUGGAUUUUUGCAUUUUUGCUAGGGUUGCCAUACGUCUCGAAUUUCCUGGACAUAGCCAGAAUACUACAGUCAGAAGCAGUGUCCGGGCGGAAACCGCUAAUAAUGUCUGGGAAAAUCCAGACAUAUGGAAACCUAUGCCGGCAAUGUUGUUUUGGACAAUUUUCCUUAAAAAUAGCUCAAAACGUCCUUUUUUUUUUUUGCAAUCUUGCUCAACAACUUUGGGCAAAACUAAAGAAAGCUAAACAACUCAUGUUGUCAUGUGUCUCUUGCUUUUAUCACAAGAGGAAAAUAUACAAAGUUUCUGCGGAAAGCAAUUGUUUUGCAUCGUUGUUGUGUUUGGGGUCACUUUCAUGUCAUACAUUUAAAUCACACUGCUUUCCCCCCAAAGAAUCCUGGGAACUGUAGUUUACCCACUCAAAGAGCUACAAUUCCCACCACUCUUAACAAACCACAGUUCCCAGGAUUCACUGGGGAAAGCCAUGUGCUUUAAAUGUGUGGUGGAGCUGUGACCUUGUUUAUGCAUUUCAUUGUUUGCCUGUUGCUUCAGAAUAUAUCUUCUGAUACAAACCUGCCUUUCUAAGACAGCAAACCACCUUAUUCAAACAUGCUGCCCUGAAGACGCUCUUAACAUGUAAAAUACAUUUUAAUAUUGAAGAGAAUACUAAUUAUUAUUAUUUUGUAUUUUGUAUUAAUAAGAUCAAAUUCUGCCUUGUCAAAAUAAACAAGAAAUAUGCCUGGAUAUUGUUAUGCGGCAGAUCACUUCUCUGAGCAGUGAGAUGUUCCAGCAAUAUUUAUUUCCCACCGUUUACAUAACAAAGGGUUGAGCCCGUCAGACCUGCCCAGCAGGUUUACCCUGAACAAAAACCAGCUGAAGCUCACAGCAAUAUUUUCCUUUGCCCGCUCUACUUCCUUGAACUGAUACAGCUCCCUUCUGCUUUUACCUGGUGCAGAUACCACCCCCCUCACUUGCAGAAACAGUUUCAGGGUCCAGCAGAGAGAGACUGUUGCCAUGGAAGGCCUGAGCAGAAAAAGAUCACCAGAUCUCAGGACAAAAUGUCACCAACAUGAAAAACUGGAUCACACGGAAGUAAUGUUUCUGACAUCUGCAUGUUGAAAAUGAUAGCAUAUUCUUGCAGAAAGAGACACUAUAUUUCUCUUUCCUCCCAAACUGCUAAAUGAGCAAAGGAUGUUGUGGAGGUGGACAAUGCUGAGCUAGACGGACCAAUGGUAAGACUCAGUAUAUAAAGCAGUAUCCUAUGUUACCUGAACAAGCAGCCUGGUGCCUUUGACAUGCCUUUGGUUGUUCAGUCUAACCGCCACCAGGUGGCAGCAGAAUCUAGCAGUCCUUUCCCAUUUCCCUCUCAGUUCCUGUAGCUGUUCCUUUGCUAAGGAAGGUCCUCAAGGCCAGCCCAGGAUAUUUUGCUGCUUGAGGUGGAACAACGAAUGGUACCUCCUCCCCAGGGCAAGGUGCAUGGUGUACAUGGCUGGCUAGUCCAACCCCUGCAAUGUAGGAUCGAACCUGCAACCUUGGAGUUAUCAGCACCUCCUCUUCCUCUUCCUCCUCCUCCUCCUCC